UCCCAAUUCCUCUCUCUCUCUCUCUCUCUCUCUCUCUCUCUCUCUAAUAUCAUUCUUGGAGACAUGGACUUGACCUCCAGCUUAGAUCCAGACACUCAAACCACACCACCACCAACCUACCCCACAUCUUUCACCAACGGCACACACAAGCACACCACCACUGCUCCGCCGCAGCGACCACCAUCCAUGGUGGUUGUUUCCUUCAAGGAAUGCCUAAAGAACCAUGCCGCCAGCUUAGGUGGCCAUGCACUUGACGGUUGCGGUGAGUUCAUGCCCUCUUCUUCCACCAACCCCACUGACCCUCGCUCCCUCAAAUGUGCCGCAUGUGGCUGCCACCGCAAUUUCCACCGCCGUGACCCUUCAGCCCAAACCCCACCACAACCACUCCCUCACCAUGGCAUGAGCCGAAGCACAAGUCCAAGCCUGAGUUCCAGCCAAAGCCCAAGCCCAAUCUCAAGCCCCUCCCCACCACCACUCUCACACAUGCCACCUUCAGCUUCAGCAGUACCCCAAAUGCUCCUAGCCCUUGGCACCGCAUUUUCAACACCCCCUGAGAACCCAACUGCGAAGAAGAGGCAGAGAACGAAAUUCACCAUGGAGCAGAAGGAAAAGAUGCAGAGCUUCUCUGAGAAAUUGGGAUGGAGAAUGCAGAAAGAUGAUGGAUUGGUCCAGAAAUUCUGCAAUGACAUUGGAGUCUCCAGAGGGGUGUUCAAGGUUUGGAUGCACAACAACAAGAAUAGCUUUAGAAGGAGAUCACAAGAUCAGGGAGAUGCUCCUCCUCCUCCUCCUCAAACUGAAAAGAAUCAUGGUGGUUGCUUUGAUAGUGAUAUUAACAAUAAUGACAUUCACAUGAAUCAAGAUCACUCUACUGUCAAUGUUCAUUUCUCAUCUUAAUCUUCAUUUUGCUGUCACAUUUUCCUCUUGAUUACAUUUUAAAUGACUUAGCUGUAAUUUUUAUAGAUGUUAAUAUUAAUUAUUGCAUGCCUACUUAUGUUAAAAUCAUUCAUCUCUCAGAAUGCCCAUACUUGUUGGUCCAUUAUACGAGCUUUAUCAACUUUGGGAUGGAGCUUAUCUGCAGUUUUGUCGUUAUUCAUUUAUGGGGAUCUCCUACUUUUGCAGGAUUUUAUCUUGGAGAUAAUGCUAUUGAUGCGUCUAGUGAAUAGUGAUUCUUUUUGUUAAUGGUGAUCUGAAUAGUGAUUCAUUGA